AUGUCUUCAACCGAGCAUUACCCCGGCUACUUUGACUGGUCGUACUAUGAGUUUUUGAUACUUAACCGUGAUGUCAUGAUAUCUUCACCAUUAAAUGAAGAUUGGAAUGGCCUAGAUGGUACAUGGACUCGUAGAUUUCUAAAAAACGCAGAAAUGAUGCUUGAAUCAAAGGACUUUGAAACUUUAAAGGUCAAGGUAUUAAUUUUCUUUUAUUUAGUCAAGGGAGCUCCCGUCAGCCAACGUCCUGACUCAGGAGUAUCAGUCAACGUCCUGGCCCAAGUGAUGGUAGUGGCACCUCUGGUAGAUACUGAACGUUCAAAUCAUGGAAUAAAGACCUAUUGGGAAAAUGUUAUUCAUGAGCAGAAAAAAGUACGCCAGGCCUUAAAUAAAGCCGGGAAAUAUAAUAUUGAAGAUUUAUCCUCAGAAGGAUUUUCGAAUUCUUUUCCUGUUAAUACGACACCUGCAUCCAAACAUGCACUUGAUGGUUCUAACUCAACCUCUUCUCAGAGGAUCAAGAAGACCAAAGCUGGCGAAAACGAAGAAGAAUCAGUUAAAAAAACUGAUAUUCAAGAAGAUAUUGUGCAUUCAAUUGCCGAAACCACUAAUACAUUCGGAAAUGUUGAAUUCCCUGAAUAUUAUAAUAAGCUCAAGAAAAUAUGGAAAACCCGUGAAACAGGUUCAAAUUACUAUGUAAUCGAUAUGAAAAAUCAAGAAAUAUUAAAUGAAGUACAUAAUCUUUUGGACGCGGAAGAAUUGAAAUUACUAUAUGAUAGACUCUCUUCGGAAAGUGAGGACAAAUAUUUAAGUAAAAAGGCGCUUCAAUAUUUAUCAUUGUUUAAUCAGGAUUGUGAAGGUUAUUCAGAUAAUGAAGAGAUCGAAGAUGAAAUUAUUUUGGAGAUGAAAGAAGAAAUCUGCAAUUUGGACGGGCUAAUAGCAAAAUUUCAAUAUCUAUCCCAUGCUCUUCCUAUCCCACUAAAACAAUAUAAUGAAUUAUUAUAUCCAGAAAUUUAUAUCAUUAAAACUGAUGGGGUUGCUGAACUGUUCAGAAGACCUAAACAAAUUCCCGUGUUUAUACUCGAGGUUUCAGGUGGCCCAGGUAAUCCAGACCCGGAUAAAUACAAUGAUGAUCGGAAGAAAUUGUUUAGAGAAGGUAUUUUUGCACUUAAUAAAUUUAUAACCCGGACAGAUCUUCCGAAUUGGGAGGUUUGUGCCUCUUUGGGUGUUUUUUUGUCUCAAGGUUAUGACUUAUUCAGUUUCCAAAGGUUUGAAGAAAUAAGACAACAAAAUAUUACAAAUCCAACCUAUAAAUUUCCUACUGGUCUUACACCAAAUCGAUCCCGAACUGUGACAUUCACAAAUUUUUUACCAAAAGAAUCAAGAAAAGAGGCUUCUGAUAAGGUGGAUGAACAAGAGAAUGG